CGAUCUAUCAACGACGGUGGUAGGUGGCAGGCUGGCAGCAGCAGCAGAGCACUCCUACCUAACCCUUCCCUACUAAGACGAAACCAUUCUGCUCAAGAUAGUUUGACUUCUCUCCAUCAGAAUCUCUGCACCGGCAGCAAACCAGUACGCAAAUCUGCUGGAAUGGACGCUGCGCCCUCCGCUCCGGCGGCCAUCACCUGCCGAGCGGCGGUGGCAUGGGGUCCGGGGCAGGCGCUGGUGAUGGAGGACGUGGAGGUUGCCCCGCCGGGGGCCAUGGAGAUCCGCGUCAAAGUCGUCUCCACCUCCAUCUGCCGCAGCGACGUCACCCAGUGGCAGUCCACGGCGCAGCCUGAUCUGUUCCCCAGGAUUUUCGGGCACGAAGCAUCCGGAGUGGUUGAGAGUGUUGGUGAAGGAGUGACCGAGUUCCAAGUCGGAGACCACGCACUCACCGUCUUCAUUGGGGAAUGCAUGAGCUGCAAGCACUGUGUGUCGGGGAAAAGCAACAUGUGCCAAAAGCUCGGCCUGGAGAGGAAGGGUGUUAUGCACAGCGAUCAGAAGACCCGCUUCUCGAUUGGAGGGAAACCUGUGUUCCAUUACUGUGCAGUGUCAAGCUUCAGCGAGUACACGGUUGUCCACUCGGGCUGUGCUGUGAAGGUCAGCCCCACUGUGCCAAUGGACAGGAUAUGCCUACUGAGCUGCGGUGUGUCGGCAGGCCUUGGUGCAGCUUGGAAUGUUGCUGAUAUAUCAAAGGGGUCAAGUGUAGUUAUAUUUGGUCUUGGAACUGUAGGACUUUCUGUAGCUCAAGGUGCUAAGCUGCGGGGAGCUUCCAAGAUUAUUGGAGUAGAUACUAAUCCUGAUAAGGAAGAAAAGGGGAAGGCUUUUGGUGUUACAGAUUUUAUUAAUCCAGGUGAACUGAGUGAACCCGUUCAGCAGGUAAUAAAACGGCUUACUGAUGGGGGGGCUGAUUACUCCUUUGAAUGUGUGGGUGACACCGGAGUAGUCUCGACUGCACUGCAAUCAUGUUCUGAUGGAUGGGGACUGACUGUAACUCUUGGUGUACCAAAAACAAAGCCAGAAGUUUCUUCUCAUUAUGGACUACUUCUUUCUGGAAGAACACUGAAGGGGUCUUUGUUCGGAGGAUGGAGACCCAAGUCGGAUAUACCUUCGUUAGUGGACAAGUAUACAAAUAAGGAAAUCCAAGUUGAUGGCCUUGUCACACAUGACAUGUCAUUCAGUGAUAUCAACAAGGGACUUGAACUGAUGCUAGAAAACAGGUGUUUGCGGUGUGUGAUUCAUAUGCCCCAUUGACAUGAUUGAGCAACUACACAUAGUGCUAUCAUCUUAUUUUUACAGGUUUGGGGUCAUCUCAGUAAUUUCCACUUGAUCUGACUCCUGGCUCGAGACUCUCACAUCACCCUCUACUCCUGUAGUGGUGUUUCACAUUGGAAAUUCUGAUGAUGUUAUCAAGAAGAUUACAAUCUUACACCGACAUGUCCUUCAGACCCUCAUAUGUCCUAUCUUAUCCCAAGAACUAUUCAUGUACUCUAUCUUCUUGCAAGUUGAUUUUGUAGUAAUCCUAAUGUUGUAUGUUUGAGUUUCUUGGUCUGGGAUGAAUCAUGUAAAGCUGAGUGAUGAAAAUAUAUAAAGCAAAUCACAUCUACUUAUUAGUAUUGCUCCAUCAGAUGAGUUGAUACAUUAUUUUGAUCGA